CUGAUUGGUCAGGAGAGUAGAGAGGGUGGGGUAUACAACAUGACAUCUUCACGAGGGGGUAUAAAUAGGAGCCUGUGCCAGACUCCAGCAGGAAAAGUGAGACUUCAGAUGACAGCUUGCUGCUCGUUUGAGUCUAUCUCCAGCCAGACACUGAGGAUCAUUUUCUGAUCACUCAACACCAGACUGCCAGUAUGGAGAUGUCCAGUACAAUUGUCCUGCCAGUGGUUGGCCUCAGGUCGACGGCCCAGUCAGCUGGACUCGAAGAGAUCGCUGUCAGGCUGUGUCUGAACCAGCGGAAGCAACUGUGUCCUCAUGUUUGGGUUCCCAUCCUGAAGCCCCAGCGGCCCUGCAUCCGUCCUCCAGCUUCAGAUCAGCUGCCCUCUGACCUCCUGAGCCAAACCUAUCUCACCUACCCUCUCCCGUUUUUCGUGGACGUCUUGGACGAUGAUGAGGUUUUGCUCCCAAUCAAGAACAAACGCGUGGUUUUCGCUGACUCGCAGGGAUUGUCUCUAACGGCCGUGCGAGUGUUUUCUGAUGAAGAGGAGCAGUCUGACCUCGACCUGCUGCCGUCGCUGCAGGGUUUAGGGAGGAUGACAGAGGAUGGCUACAGCUGCACCGUCAGCACCUGCUGCCCAGGAACACAGCUCAAACUGGGCUUCCCGCAGCCCUCUGCAGAUUUCCAGGCCUUCCGUUCCAAGCUGGCAAAGAGCAUGGUCAUCCUGGAGAACUGCAGCGUUAAUGAGCAGGCCCUCAAAGGCACCGUCCGAGUCAGGAACAUCAGUUUCCAGAAAGACGUGCGUGUUCGCAUCACCUUUGACUCAUGGCAGAGCUAUAGAGAUGUGCCCUGCACAUACCUGCAGAAACGUUUCGGAGGACCUCAGACUGACAUCUUUGAAUUUGACAUUGCUAUUCCUAAAGUGCUAGAUGCCAAAAGGAAGGUAGAAUUCUGUCUAAGUUAUUUACCAGGUGGGCAGAGCGAGCCUUUCUGGGACAAUAACAACGGACAGAAUUACAGCAUUGCCGUGUGUGUGAGCUCACAUCUCUGUCGCGGGAAGAAUCUAAGUGAAAGGGCAUGACGCGCUGAGCCUAGAAAUGAUCCCGAGCUUUCUCAUUCGUAACACAUCAGACCCGGGGAAAGACGAGGUGGAUAUUUUUUUAUUACGCUUGCAUUGUUUUCACUUUGAAUUGGAC